AUGGAGUGGGUGCCUCUCGAUGAGGUGGGAACCAGAAGAGAUCGCAGAAGAGAUGUGAAUGUGCUAAAGUCAAAUUGUGAUGACUGCACAACUCUACUAGAUGUGAAUGUGCUAAAGUCAAAUUGUGAUGACUGCACAACUCUACUAGAUGUGAAUGUGCUAAAGUCAAAUUGUGAUGACUGCACAACUCUACUAGAUGUGAAUGUGCUAAAGUCAAAUUGUGAUGACUGCACAACUCUACUAGAUGUGAAUGUGCUAAAGUCAAAUUGUGAUGACUGCACAACUCUACUAGAUGUGAAUGUGCUAAAGUCAAAUUGUGAUGACUGCACAACUCUACUAGAUGUGAAUGUGCUAAAGUCAAAUUGUGAUGACUGCACAACUCUACUAGAUGUGAAUGUGCUAAAGUCAAAUUGUGAUGACUGCACAACUCUACUAGAUGUGAAUGUGCUAAAGUCAAAUUGUGAUGACUGCACAACUCUACUAGAUGUGAAUGUGCUAAAGUCAAAUUGUGAUGACUGCACAACUCUACUAGAUGUGAAUGUGCUAAAGUCAAAUUGUGAUGACUGCACAACUCUACUAGAUGUGAAUGUGCUAAAGUCAAAUUGUGAUGACUGCACAACUCUACUAGAUGUGAAUGUGCUAAAGUCAAAUUGUGAUGACUGCACAACUCUACUAGAUGUGAAUGUGCUAAAGUCAAAUUGUGAUGACUGCACAACUCUACUAGAUGUGAAUGUGCUAAAGUCAAAUUGUGAUGACUGCACAACUCUACUAGAAAUCAUUGAACCGUACACUCAAAAUGGGCCAAUUUCAUAAUAUGUAAAUUAUACCACAAUAAAGCUGUAGCCAAACAAAAAAAGGAAAUAAGGAAACCAGACUAAGAGUCCAUGACAGGCCAAGGAGACCACACAGCCUUAGGUUGAAAGAAAUGAGUGGAGUCCUUCAAGCCAACACGCGGCCACCGGCU